GGAUUCUAGUUUCUGUGGCUAGCCUCAGGGGAGAAUGGGACUGAGAAACAGAGGGCAUGGGAAGGUCAGAGAUAAAACUUCUGCUUCUGAAGCUUUCAUUUUCAGAGAGCAGAGAGCAUCGAUCCGGUUCAAGACCACCCUUACGAACACGCUCAUGGACGUCCUUCGCCACAGACCGGGAUGGGUGGAAGUGAAGGACGAAGGGGAGUGGGACUUCUACUGGUGUGACGUCAGCUGGCUCCGGGAGAACUUUGACCACACCUACAUGGACGAGCACGUGCGGAUCAGUCACUUCCGGAACCACUAUGAGCUGACCCGCAAGAACUACAUGGUGAAGAACCUGAAGCGGUUCCGGAAGCAGCUGGAGCGCGAGGCAGGAAAGGUGGAGGCAGCCAAGUGCGACUUCUUCCCCAAAACCUUCGAGAUGCCCUGCGAGUACCACCUGUUUGUGGAGGAGUUUCGCAAAUACCCAGGAAUCACCUGGAUCAUGAAGCCUGUAGCCCGGUCGCAGGGGAAGGGCAUCUUCCUCUUCCGGAGGCUGAAGGACAUCAUGGACUGGAGGAAGGGCACUGCAGGGAAGAAGCUCACCAGCCUGGAGGCCCAGCCCGCCCGGAGCGCUAUCAAUCCCUCCGGCAGCCACGACACAAGGAGCUCUGAUGACCAGAAAGAUGAUAUUCCUGUGGAGAACUACGUGGCUCAGCGUUACAUCGAAAAUCCCUACCUGAUAGGAGGCCGCAAGUUUGACCUGCGUGUGUAUGUGCUGGUGACGUCGUACACCCCACUGCGGGCCUGGCUCUACCGGGAUGGCUUCGCCCGAUUCUCCAACACGCGCUUCACGCUGAGCAGCAUCGAUGACCAGUAUGUUCACCUCACCAACGUUGCUGUGCAGAAGACGUCUCCCGACUACCACCCAAAGAAGGGCUGCAAGUGGAUGCUCCAGCGCUUCCGGCAGUACCUGGCGUCCAAGCACGGGCCCCAGGCCGUGGAGAUGCUCUUCAGCGACAUGGACAACAUCUUUGUCAAAAGCCUGCAGAGCGUGCAGAAGGUGAUCAUUAGUGACAAGCACUGCUUCGAGCUGUACGGCUACGACAUCCUCAUCGACCAGGAUCUCAAACCGAUCGUUAUGAGGAUUAAGUGACAUAUAGUCUGCAGAGCACUGAGCAACACGUGCCUGUCACGAGAAGUCCUUUCCUGAUCAUCUGCUGAGUCAGGGAGCUUUCCCUGGCACCAGGCAAGCCCCCUCUGUAAGUCCCGGUGCUUUGAGGAUGCAAAUCACCAUGUAAGGGAAUACCAUUACAGCGUCGGUCCCUGCCAAAAAUUUGGUGCACUCCACCGCGCUCAUGGAGGAGAUUGAUCUGAUACGUAGCACAAGCCUGACCUGGCAGGGACCACAGUGAUGGCCUCACCUGGGGGGACAUGGAAGCCCAGUGGGGUGUUUGGGGAGCUUGAGGUCACGUAGCAAGUCAGAGGCAAAGCCAGGUCCGGGGUCCAAGUACCUGGGCUGAGCUGCUCCCCACCGGCACUGCCGGCUCCAGGACCCUGUUCAGGGUCACCGUAGGUGCUGAGGGGCUUCCUGAGCCGGGAGGAGGAGCCCCAGAGCAAGACCUAAGCCAGGCCCUGGUUCAGGAACAAGAUCUCAGCAGCAGCGGGUCUCUCUCCUUUGCCUCUUGCAGCGAGGUGAGGGGCAGCCGUGGGCCUUGCAGUGGACACUGUGCAGGGAUAUGCUCAGGAGGAGGCAGCACACAGUAGAAAGGGGCCCUGGUCUCCUGCUGGCUGAGCCUACCCCUCUGCCCAGCGUCCUGUCUGCAAAAUGACGGGGUUGUAAGCUGCAGCGCCUUGGGCUACUUUCAGCCUGCAAAUACCUUGAGUAUGACCUUCAGAAU